AUGCCAACCCGAACCGCCCUCCUCACCCGCACCCGCACCCUAUGCCAAAACUUCUCCACCAGCGCCCCCCUACCCACGCUCCUCUCCAACUUCACCCACGAGCCCCCGCCCACAGCCCUCGAGCACGGUCUCCCGCAGCUCGCCCCCUUCCUCGGCCGCCCAUUCACCGGCCAGGAGGGCAUCCAACGCUACUUCGGACUCCUGGCUGAGCUGCUUACGAUCGAGAAGAUGGAGUUCGAGCCGGAGGAGAAAUGGGUCGUGGAUGAGAGGGCGAUGGCUGUGUCGCUGCGGGGGGAGGGCAGGUUUCGGUGGAAUGAGACGGGGCAGGCUUGGGAUGAGACGUUUGCGUAUCGGAUUGGGCUUGUGAAGGAGGAGGAGGAGGACGGGGAGGUGAAGGUGGUGGAUUAUGAGGUUUGGGCGGAUACGGGGGCGGCGUAUUUGGCUAGGGUUGGGGGAUUGAUUAGCUAG